AUGCCGUUCGGCCGGAAGUCACCGCUGGAAGCCCUGGCCAUGCCGGGUGCCAUUAUCGCGUACAAAUACAGCCAGUUCCGGCAGCGCCGCCGGGAGGCAGCAAAUCGACGUGUAACGGAGCGGGAGCUAUCGGCGUUACAUACGAAAAUCGAAAAGCUACUCAGCAAGCUGGAGGAAAGCGAACUGGAACCGCCAACAUCUCAGGAGGAUGAAUGCGUCAUCUGUAUCAAUGCCCGGGCCACGAUGCAGACAUCACCGUGUGGCCAUCGUGUCGUCUGCCGGCGGUGCUUCGUCAAAACCAUCCAAAGUGCGGUCGCACAACGACUUCUUCCACUGCGAUGCGUUAUCUGCAGAGCACGCAUCAACCGGCUCACGUCCGGCUCGACAUCCUGGCGCUUGCAGGGAUCGGCCAGCACCUACUCGAUGGGCAGCAAGAGCUGGAGCGUCCCCGGUUCGGCCAGCUCGUACAGCGUCGAUGCCCGGGUCACGCAGUCCGCCAGCCUGUACUCGAUGAGUUCAGGCUCGUCGUGCGUGUCGGGCAUCUCGAACAUGUCCAGCUGCUCGGGCACGUCCGGCACGUCCGGUAUGUCUUCCACGUCGUCGACGAGCGGUGUCACGGACGGGUCGCUGCACGGACACGGCCACAAGCAUGGUGUGGGUGGUUGCACAAGCAGCUGCAGCACGAGCGGGUGUCUUGGCGCUAUACCGCGGAAUCCUUCCUACCAGCAUUACCACAAGAAGGGACAAUAUUACAUGAAGAGCCGUAUCCCGGAGAUGCCAAAUCGGUUGCCACCGAUCAUUGAGUUCAAAAGCCCGACACGCCACAGGACGCCCUCCCCGGCGAACCCGGGAGCUCGCUUCAAGUAUUAUACCCAACCCGGGAAACCGGCGAACCCAGUCGAGUCAAUACCGCUGAUGACGGUGGAAAAAAUCGGUCCCGGCAAGUCGGGCCCGUCAAAGCUCGGCUUGAACGCGAAAAUCGCACCCGUUUCCUCAAAGUCGCCCAUCAACAAAACCAACAUGGCCACGGGAAAACCGGUCACCACGUCGCUGAUAACGGCCGUCAACAGCUCGACCCCGAAAGCACGCGUCCUUUCGGCAUCGUCUUCCGUGGCUGGCCCUUCAGGAUUGGGCGGAGGAAGCAGCAGGAACGGAAGUGGCGGAAGCGGAGGGAUGUCAGGUGGCGAUGGUGGAGGGGCCGGUUGCAGCAGCACCAGUUCUCUCGGCAUAAAGCAGGACGAGAAGUACGACAAUAAGAAGAACGAAACGAUCGAAAAGAAAAAGAAGGAGGAAAAAGCCAAACAGAAAGCGGAAAAGGAGGCACGCAAGGAGGAAAAACGCAUUGCCAAAGAGGAGGAAAAGCUUGCGAAAAUGCUCGCCAAGGAGGAAAAGAAGCGAGGCAAACGGGAAGCGAAGGAGGCACUGUUGGCGCACGAAGGCGGAAGCGGUUUGAAGUAAAACGAGACCGACGAUGCCUGUGGAACAAUAAUCAAGAAGGAGACCCACAAUACAACCCUAUCUUCCAAUGCAGCAAGACGGCAGAACGGAAAAG